AUGGCAAAAAAGGCACUCGCAGGCAAGGAAAACGGCCAACCCGUUGCUGGGAAGGCUGCUGGCAUUAAGUCUGGAGCCCAGUCCAUCACGAGAGGCAACCUCUUCGCGGCGCUGGAGGACAAGGACGGCAACCCCUCGACCGCUGCCGAGUUCAUGAAGGGUCCUCGCGAUGAUGGGGAAGUGUUCUUCCACCUUGAUCCGGACGUCGCCGAUGAUGACCGAAAGGAUGCUGAGAGCCGAGUUCUGAUCCUGAACUAUAUCAACCACCACCUUACUCGGGACAUGGCUCGAUUGGUUCCUGGUGACCUUGAGCCAAGCAAGAACACCGAGAUCAUGCACCGUACCGCUUACAAGAAUGUCAUCCUUGAUGUCGGUGUUCACGCCUACCGCCACGAGAACCAGGUCGAAACCAUGCAGGCCUUCGUCAAACUCGCUGAUGCUGAUAUUGAAGGCGACGGAAUUGAUGGUACCAUCUGGGGAGAAUACGCCGCAAACACCGAGGAAGCCGAGAAGGACAAGGCAACCAAGAUUGUCUCUGAGCUUGCAACCAUGGGCGUCUUCUACUGGGUUCCUCGCUGGAAGUAUGUGGUCAACUCCCUCCACAAGCGCAUGAAUGCGUAUGACAAGUUCGGUACCAAAGUUGCAGAGCUCCCUGAGCCAAAGUUCUUUGAUGCUGCUGAGGGCGGCAAUGAGGACAACAGCAUUGAGAUCGAGGAGGAAUACGGUAUCUUCUCUGGUUCCAGUGGUCAGAUCAUUGGUCCCAAGGGCUCCAAGAUCCAAAAGAUCAAGGCGGAGACCGGUGUCAAGGAUAUCAAGAUGCCGCAGAAGGACGAGUAUAACCGCCCUCGGGCUCGUGAUAUCGUUAUGGUUAAUAUCAUCGGUACCCAGUUCACUAUCAAUAAGGCCAAGAAGGCUAUCCAGAAGAAUGCGCCUCGCCCUCAGCGUGAUGGUGGUGCUAGCAUGUACGCCGCUGCGCCUGGAUGGGGUGACGAGGGUGGCAACGGUGGCGGAGGAAACCACACUGUAAUUCAAGCCUCGGGUGACUGGGAGUCCGUUCCUGCUACCUCUGCCGACUGGGACACUGUUUCUGCUGCUCCUGCUGGUGGCGAGGGUGGCAAGAGCUGGGCAGACGAUGCCAAUGCUUCUGCUGCUGCCAAUAUUGUCAGCUAUGACUGGUAA